AUGUUGACAGAGGACCAAACCCCGAUCGACACCCUCGUCAUAGACGCCAGUCCUCUCAUUAGAAACGAUUUCACAACCAGCAUCCUCAACAGAGUGGGGAAAUUAUAUUCCACCCCCGCCGUCAUUGCCGAGAUUCGUGAUGUCGCUACAAGGUCUCGUUUAGAGACCACGUGGCUUCCCUUACUUGCUUUGCGCACUCCGAAACCGGAGAGCGUUAAGGUUGUCAGCGACUUUGUGAAGAAGACUGGUGACUUUCCAGUCCUUUCGGUAACCGAUUUACAGCUGCUCGCUCUGACAUAUGAACUGGAGGUGGAGCUGAAUGGAGGCAAUUGGAGAUUGAAAAAUGAACCUGGGCAGAAGAAAAUUAAUGGGCCUGUCCCCAAACCUGCGAGGGAAAGUGAGGAGGGGAAGAAGGUGGUGGAGGAGGAGGGAGUGGCCAAUGACCGCGAGAAGACUGAGGACGGUGGUGAUGCAGAGACCGCCGGUGUGAUUGAUAUAUCGGCUGCUUCAGCUGAAGAUGACCUGUCCCAGAAGUUGGACAAUACUCAUAUUCUUCCCGACAAAAUAGCCCCCACCGAAGCUUCGGGAUCCACAGAACGGGCUUCAUCCCCGCCACCGGGACCCAUUGCAAAUGAAGACUCCAACCCACCAUCCUCCACAUCUACCUCCUCCGAAGAUUCCGACUCCGACGCCGACGGCUGGAUAACCCCCUCAAACCUGCACAAACACCAAUCCAAAUCCACCACCUCCCCCCCCCCCUCCUCAACAAGCCCCACUAAAAACCCAUGGCCCAUCCGUGCCGCUCUCGCAACCACAGACUUCGCCCUCCAAUCCGUGACCCUACAAAUGAACCUCCACCUCCUCUCCACAAAAACCCUGCAGCGAAUCCACACCAUCCGCUCACACGUCCUGCGCUGCCACGCUUGCUUCAAGUUGACGCGCGACAUGGCAAAGCAGUUCUGCCCCGUGUGCGGUGGGCCGACGUUGCAACGCGUGUCCUGCUCCGCCGACUCGAAGGGUGCGUUCAAGAUCUACUUGAAGCACAACUAUCAGUGGAACAACCGCGGGAGCGUAUUCUCGCUGCCGAAGCCCACGCAUGGAAGCGCCAACGGGAAGGGCGGCAGGGAAGUGCUGAUUCUCCGGGAGGAUCAGAAGGAGUAUGAAAGGGAGGUGGCUAGGGGCGAGAGAAGGAAGGAGAGGGAUUUGCUGGAUCCCGAUUACUUGCCCGGGAUAUUGACGGGCGAGAGGAGGGAUGCUGGGGGACGGCCCAGGAUUGGGUACGGUAAGAGGAAUCCGAAUGUUGCAAAGAAGGGGGGGAAGAAGUGAUCAUACCUCUCCGUCUUUCCCUUUCGCACUCCCCUCUUUGCUGUGCUUUUCGAUCUGUCACUGGCGGGUUAGAGUCUGGUUUCUCAAGUGUUCUUGUUUCUUCUUUUCACCAUAUAAAAAGUUUACAUCUGUAUUGUUAGUUCUAUGAACCAUUUAAAGU